GAGGAAGGCGGGGCCUACCUCUCAUCAGGACCAGUCUGGCUGCACCUGCAUCCUUAGCUCAGAGCAUCCCUGGAGCAUCUUAAGAGGCGACCGCAGCUGGCAACCAGUGACCAGACCGUCGCAGGAGGCGUCCGCCAGAUAUCUUCCCCCUCCCCUGACCUAGCGCUCUGCAGCGGCGGCCUCGGUACUAACCUGGGGUUCCCAGAGUUGUCUAAACAUUGAAAAAACAUUUACAGCAAUAGUCUUUGAUUACGACAUGGCUGAGAUCACCAAUAUCCGACCCAGCUUUGAUGUGUCACCAGUGGUGGCCGGCCUCAUCGGGGCCUCUGUGCUAGUGGUGUGCGUCUCGGUGACUGUCUUUGUCUGGACAUGCUGCCACCAGCAGGCAGAGAAGAAGCACAAGACCCCACCAUACAAGUUUAUUCACAUGCUCAAAGGCAUCAGUAUAUACCCAGAGACCCUCAGCAACAAGAAGAAAAUCAUCAAAGUGCGGAGAGACAAAGAUGGCCCUGGCAGGGAAGGUGGCCGGGGGAACCUGUUGGUGGAUGCAGCAGAGGCUGGCCUGCUGGGCCGAGACAAGGGUCCCAGGGGACCUAGCUCUGGAGCUUGUAUAGACCAAUUACCCAUCAAAGUGGACUAUGGGGAAGAACUGAGGAGCCCCAUUGCAAGCCUGACCCCCGGGGAGAGCAAAACCACUUCUCCAUCAUCUCCAGAGGAGGAAGUCAUGCUAGGAUCCCUCACCUUCUCAGUGGACUAUAACUUCCCAAAAAAAGCCCUGGUGGUGACAAUCCAAGAGGCCCAUGGGCUGCCGGUGAUGGAUGACCAGACCCAGGGCUCUGACCCCUACAUCAAAAUGACCAUCCUUCCUGAUAAGCGGCAUCGGGUGAAGACUAGAGUGCUGCGGAAGACCCUGGACCCGGUGUUUGACGAGACCUUCACCUUCUACGGCAUCCCGUACAGCCAGCUGCAGGACCUGGUGCUGCACUUCCUCGUCCUCAGCUUCGACCGCUUCUCUCGGGACGACGUCAUUGGGGAGGUCAUGGUGCCUCUGGCUGGGGUGGACCCCAGCACAGGCAAGGUGCAGCUGACCAGGGACAUCGUCAAAAGGAACAUUCAGAAGUGCAUUAGCAGAGGGGAGCUCCAGGUGUCUCUGUCCUAUCAGCCAGUGGCACAGAGAAUGACAGUGGUGGUCCUCAAAGCCAGACACUUGCCGAAGAUGGAUAUCACCGGUCUCUCAGGUAAUCCUUAUGUCAAGGUGAACGUCUACUACGGCAGAAAGCGCAUUGCCAAGAAGAAAACGCAUGUAAAGAAGUGCACUUUGAACCCGGUCUUCAAUGAGUCUUUCAUCUAUGACAUCCCCACUGACCUCCUGCCUGACAUCAGCAUCGAGUUCCUUGUCAUCGACUUCGAUCGCACCACCAAGAACGAGGUGGUGGGGAGGCUGAUCCUGGGGGCGCACAGUGUCACAGCCAGCGGUGCCGAACACUGGAGAGAGGUCUGCGAGAGCCCCCGCAAGCCAGUGGCCAAGUGGCACAGUCUGAGCGAGUACUAAUCCUGUUCUCCUCGCCUCUGAUCCCAGGGCCUGGUUGGGCAGGGUGGUGGCGGGGAGAGAGAUGCAGAGAAAAGCGGACUCAACACCUCAUUUUAGUUGUAGAAGAAAAUUUCUUACAAAACAAAUCCCACGAAGAACAUCCCACGUGACCACACAGCUGCAGAUCAGAUCUUAGUGAUGAUGAUUUUUCUCCUUUACAAGGCACUAGAAAUUCUUUUUUUUUUAAUGGGGAAAAAAAGAGAGGGAAAGACCUUACAAGUCUAUAUAUAACAAUGUAACCUUAUACUUGCAUGUCUAAUACAAACUGAGGGAAUUAGCCUAACUGCCGAUAUCAAGUUACAGAUUUUAACCCAUGAAAAUUGUGUUUUGUGCCGAAUUGUAUUUGCUGAUUACCUGAAAUUGGCCUCUUUUUAUUGGGCUUCUCUAGAGAGUUACUCUCACUCCCCACCUCUGCAGAUGAAUAUUUUGCUCUUGUAAAACUUCGUAUUUUCAUUAUCCCCAUCUUUUCUUCCUGUUACCUCUCACAUCUCUGCUCUUUGGCUGAGCUCAAGGUCCAGAGGUCUGCAGUAAGCCAAGAAACAAAGGUGGAAUGGAAAAGGCAGGGUUUUCAGGAGAAAGAGUAUUAGAGAAAUGGGAUGCUUUUGCUGUCAGCGCUCCUACUGCAAAGGGGUAAAGGACAGUCUGUGAUUAAUUUGUGAUGAAGCACAUGAACACAUCAGACUAAUUAGGUAGACUCUGGGUUUACAAAACUAGAUGACUUCUCCAAAAAGAGCUCUGGAGACUUCAAAUUCAGUUCUCGGAUAGUGCCAGUGAACGCAUCCAGCUGCUCCCGAACAGUUGUAGGUGCAAGGACAUGAGAUGACUGCCAUCCCCCUCUCCAACUUGAUAGGGAAGCGGCAGCCGUUUGUGGGUUGAUGGGUUAGAAAUCAUCAAAGGUUUGCAGGAUUAAACUGGCCUUUGCUUUUCCAGAAAUGCCGACCGCUGAGAAGCUUUACAGUCUUCUCAUGUGGCUUAGGUGAGGUUUGGUUUUGCUUCGUAAGGAACAGGGCCUUCAGAGAUUAUUCUUUCUCCUUAAAUUUUUCAAUAAUGGCUCUUAAAAAAUAACCAAGUAAAAUGAGUAAAUGUGGCUAAAUAAAUAACAAAGGUAGGUUGGAUUCUUUCAUAACAUCCUUUCCCUCAAAACAAAGUGCUCAGUUCUUGGAACUUCCAAGUGUCAAGACAACGUGAAGGGAUGAGAAAACCACAGGGUUCAACUCUGCUUCUGCAGGUGGGCAAUAGAGUUGACAGAGGUUCAGCCUCUUGCUGGCAUUAGAGUUCAUGUCUCCUUUCUCCUAGUCUAGCCACAUCUUUAAUGUUGAGACUUUCCUGAUGGCAGAGACUUCAUUGAUAAUACUUAAGCUUAGAUAGGCAGUAGAUAUUUUUGCCAGCCAGAAGAGGAACUCAAAUAACUAGCAGCUUGAACCAAGCCUGAAAGGUAAACCAAGACCAAAGGUCCACGUCCAGACAGACCAUCACUUUCUAACUUGCUUCUGAUCAGGAAGCCAGAACUCUGAGUCUCCGUGGAGAGACUGGAGAUGUUGCCUUUAAUGUUCCCUUAGGUCUUAUGGAUUUAAAACCAGUUGGCUCCCCUCACCCCUUUUGUUGCUGUUUUUUUAAACCUGGAUUCUCGACAAGACAGAGCAGUUCUGAGCAGGCACAGAGGCCACUCUGUGUUCUUGUCACCGUCAGCCCCCACACCCCCACAAUCCUGACUCACUAACUCACCAUCCAUUGGUUGGAUUCACACCACCAGUCUCUAUCCUAUAUACUCCAUGGAGUGUAAAUACUGUAUCAUACGUAGAAGAAAAUAAUUUUUGUUUUCUAAAAAUGCGUUUGGAGAUAGUGUAAUGUAAAUCUGACAGGAGCAUUCUGAAGCCCCAUUAGGAAAAAAUUUAAAUGGUUCCUCUUCAUCGCCUUAAUGUCUAAAGAUUAGAAAUCACUGAGCAACCGCUUUUGUUUCCUUCCCAGAAACAAUGCAAAGCAACAGGUGGAGAGAGCCUGGUCUUUGCCUGCUGAGUGUGCCUCUGUAGCUCCUCCUGACAGUAAGUCUGGAAAAGCCACCUCACCCCACUCCUCUCUUCCCCAUCUCCUUGUAGCUUUAUUCUUUGCAUUCUUUGGGUCUAUUGAGCAGUGGGUGGUGAGGUCACAGAGGGGAACCGUAGUUCCAUAGCCUAGGAGCUGCCUCGGUGUCUUCCUCAGAAAAAGGCAAAGAGGCAGACAGUACAGGGUUCCUCCCUCCUACCUCAGGCCUGCUCCAUCGUGCCCUUGACUUUGCUGUCCCAAAGUUUCUUAGCUGACUUUGGCUUUCACAUUUGUUCCUCCCAUAGCUAACUGAUAAGGGUGGAGGAGGAAUUCUUCCUCCUAAGAGUCAGCUGAAAGACAAGAGAGUCACAUCCUAGCUUUUGCACAAGGCAUUCAUGGUCAGGAAUAGGUUAGGGAAUGGUCACUUCCGUUUUCCAAGAGUCAGUCCUUCUCUGCUGAUAUCUUGAUUCCUUUGGGAAGACAAGAGUUUUCCUUAAUAACGCGAGUCCCUUUAUUAGUUUUUCCUUCUUUCAGUUCUCAGUGGAGUACAGCCAAGAUGUACGUGAUUAUGAACAGUGCUCUAGGUGUGAAAACAGCUGGUUUGUGGGACAGGGGCAGCUUGCUCAGGAGAGGGAAUAACACAGGUCCUUUUUCUUGGAAGCCUUUUAUUAUGGCCAUGAUAGUGACAGUGCCCUCACCAUGACCCUUCUCUGAUGUGGUCGUCUUUCUUUACCUUGUGUCUUCUCUUGUAAAAAUGAAACUCAAAAAUAAAAUAAACGUAUCAAAUUAAAAAAAAAAAAAAAAGAACCGAAAAAGCUAACAUGAAUUGUGUGAAAUUGCAUAAUGCUGUAACGCUAACCUGCAAUAUGUAAUGCUAUCUUGUAUGUUGAAUUUGUUAACGCACCACACAAGUGCAAAAUAAAGACUGAUUCAGAUUAAAUAGA